CUUCACUCGAGUCUGGCGUGUUCCACCACGUCGAAUCCCAAGGACUAUACUGUCGGCUGGAUAUGUGCUGUUCUCAAAGAGUAUACCGCUGCCCAGCUCUUUCUGGAUCUGGAACAUGAGCCACCGAUAGGUAUAUCGCCCGGCGAUUCCAAUCAUUACACACUCGGCAAAAUCGCAGGCCAUAACGUCGUCAUGGCUGUACUUCCAGAUGGCGAGUAUGGUGUGGGCUCGGCCGCCAGUGUCGUCACGAACAUGCUCCGCAGCUUUCCCAACAUUCGCGUCGGGUUGAUGGUUGGUAUUGGCGGAGGUGCGCCAACCUCUAAACAUGACAUCCGUCUCGGAGACAUUAUGGUGAGCUCCANNCCUAGCAGUGGCACUGGCGGAGUCUAUCAGUAUGACUUGGGAAAAACGAUACAAGAAGUCGGCUUUAUUCAGACUGGCUUUCUCGAUCAACCGUCUGCCACUGUUCGCUCAGCUCUUCCCGGACUCAGACGGCGGUAUGACAGAGAUGGACACCAGAUCAAGCAGACGAUUGACGCAAUUCUAAAUCGAUGGCCACGACUUAGGANNAAACAAGGCUUUGCACGACCGAGUCUCGACUCUGAUCGCCUGUCAGCUGCUAACAUCAUCCACCCUCAUGACAUCGAAGUCGACUGCGAUGAUUUAUGUACCAACCUGAAUAUCCGCCAACCUAGGGAGGACGAUGACGAUGACCCGACAAUACAUUACGGUCUCAUUGUAUCUGGGAACCAAGUGAUGAAAGACGCUACUGUACGCGACAAGCUCGCGAAGGAAAAGGGUAUCCUAUGCUUCGAGAUGGAAGCGGCUGGACUCAUGAAUCGCUUUCCUUGCAUGGUCAUUCGCGGAAUUUGUGAUNUUAGUGACAGUCACAAGAACAAAAAUUGGCAAGGUUACGCAGCACUGACGGCUGCUGCUUACGCACAGGAUCUGCUCAAGGAGAUACAACCACAUCGUGUGGAGGAAGAGGAGAGGCUCACAACACGUAUCGAUCAACGUGAG